UCUUGUAACCUAUUAAAUGUCCAUUGAAGAUUAACGGAACCUGUGCUGCUCCUGCACAUAUCAGGUGAUUCCCAGUCGCUGCCAGAGCGGUAUCAUAUACACAACAACUGAAUAGAUGGAAGUUAAAGUCAAGGUAAAGAGAUCCCAUUCCUUGAACAAAAUGAGCCUGAACUAUUUAGAGGCCAAAUCCCUCAACAGAAGGAGCAACUCAGUGUCUGAAUUAGUGGCACGGUACGAAAACGUGCGCCAAAAAUCCUUUAGGAAGCUGCACAACAGUGAGCGAAUGGGUGUGGGCAGGAGUCUCCCAGAGAGAGCGAGUCUGCUAAAACACACAGAGGAACCUCAAAAGCUCAGGAGGGCGCUGUUCCAAAAAAGCUGUUUCUUAAUUGAUGACAAUGGUGACAAGAAAGAGAAAUACAAGACUGAACCAAAAACAGACAAGAGGAAAGGAAGAGAGCCAUCUGGCAGCUGGCAGACAGAGGAUCUCUGCAAGGGAACAGCACGGAUGAAGCUGACGGCCAGUGCAGAAAGGCACCAGUAUGAAGGAUUGCUGUCACCCACAUACCAAAGGAGCAGCAUCAGGGGGGAAUUUCAUCGAGCACAGAAUAGCUUCAUCCCCUCAGUGAGGCAGAGAUCGGAACUAUUUCUCUCCAAGGCAGCUGCUGCGGAAACCAAAGCCAGAAAUCCCAAACUGAAAUUGGGAAACAAAACAGACAUCUAUACUUCUCCCCCAAAAAAGAUGGCAGAAAACACAAUGAAAUUCUCACCUAAAGAUGCUGAAAAGAAAACAGAAGUGGUGCUGCCUCCUCCACCACCUCCCGACUCAAUCCAACACUCAGAGGAAUCUGGGAGUCAAGAACAGAGUUUCAUGCCUGUGCCUCCACCCAAAGAAUCAUUUUCAAAAUUCUACGAACAGCGGCAAGUGAAUGAAUUGAAAAGGCUUUACCGUCACAUGCACCCAGAGCUAAGGAAAAACUUAGAACACACUGUUACCUGCGAUAUGACAAAGCUAUUAAAGACAGAUGAGCCAAACCAGCAGGCAGCUAUAAAUCUGGAUACGGUUUUGACUGGUGAGGUGCAAUCUAUGCGUUGGAUCUUUGAAAACUGGAACUUAGAUGCUAUAGGAGAGCAUCAGGGUGGUAAGAAACUUGUAGAUGAAGAUGCUGUCCUUGGUGGCAAUGUGAAAGAUACAUCAAUGCUUUUUAAGGGUCAACUAUGUGAGAGCGGGAUCCCUUCAUCGUCACUUGGGAUGGUUCAGACAAAAGGUGACGUAAAGACAGCUUUGUGGUUAUUUGAAACACAGCCACUUGACUCCAUGAAUAAAAUAUAUCCCGAGGACACGGAAGUCCAAGAAGCAAUCCUGAAAGAGCCAGUUGGAAGAGGAGAUGUUAAAGGCACAAAACUUUUGUUUGAAACAUGUCCCUUAGGUGAAAUGGGCCGCUGCAAUUCAGUAGAAGAAAACAGCAUCCUUCAGCUCAAGUCUGAAAUUCAGGAACUCAAAGGUGAUGUCAAGAAAACAGUAAAGUUGUUUCAGACAGAGCCUUUGUGUGCCAUCAGAGAUGACAAUGGAAAUAUUCAUGAAAUAAAAUCUAUAUGCAGAGAAGAAACUGAGGGUGACAAUGUCAACAGAACGAGGUGGUUAUUUGAAACUCAGCCCUUGGACAGUAUUCACAAGAACAGCCCAAAAGUUCAGAUUAUUCGAGGGAUUUCCUUGGAAGAAUUAGAAAAGGGAGGAGUUGAUGCCAAAAAGUGGAUAUUUGAGACUCAACCUCUAGAUACAAUUAAAGAAGACAAUGACGAAGGAAUGUUUCAGGCCUCUUUAGAUUCUCAUGAUGUUGCUGAUUCUUCCACAGAUAAAGUCCUUCCAGGUGAUGUAAAGUCUACAUUGUGGCUAUUUGAAAGCCAACCCAUGGAAACCCUUAAAGGUGAUUUUGAAGUAGGACCAUUAAAAAAAGUUGAGCUGCUGAAUGAAGAAAAAGGAGAUGUGAAACAAAGGAAACUCCUUUUUGAAGCAUCUGCACUGGAUAGAAUUUCAGACAAGGAUGAGACAGCACCUGAGAACGUAAUAGAGAUUUCAAAGGGAGAUGUGACAACUUUCAAGAAACUAUUUGAAACUCUUCCCUUAGAAAGUAUUAAGAAAACAGGAAAUGUCAUAGUGUCUGAUCAAGAACACAUACAAGUGGGUAAUGUGAAAGCAAACCAAACUUUAUUUGAGACUGUACCACUUUACGCCAUUGAAGAUAGUUUGGGAAAUUUUCACGAAGUUAUGUCCAUCAGCCGAGAGCAAGUGGUGACUGCCGAUGUGAGAAACUAUAAAUGGAUGUUUGAAACAAAGCCAUUAGACCAGUUUAAUGAGAGUCUACAGAAAGUUGAUAUAAUUCGAGGAAUUACCAAACAAGAAAUUGUAUCUGGUGAUGUGGGCACCGCAAAGUGGUUGUUUGAGACUCAACCAGUGGACAUUGUUCAUCAACAGUCAGAUGCCACUGAAAUACACUCAUCGGUCCAGAAGCAGGUAUUACAAAAAGGAGAUGUUAAAAAAUGCAAGUGGCUAUUUGAAACUCAACCCAUCGAUAAGUUAUAUGAUAAGUCAGAGCAAGCUAAAGAUAUGGAAACUCAAAUCCAAGGUGAUGUAAAGUCCUACACAUGGAUGUUUGAAACCCAACCUUUAGAUUCAUUAAAAGAUUCUGAGGAACAGUAUAUCAAUGUCAAAACAACCUCACAAGAUGCUUGCAAGGGGGUUGAUGUGAAAACCACAAAACAUCUUUUUGAAACUGAACCAUUAGAAAACAUUUCCUCCAAAGGUGAAUUCAAAAAAGUCAUCAGAUACUCCAGUACAAUUCAAAUGCCAUCAGGUGAAGUUUCCAGGGUGAAGGAAAUUUUUGAGACUACCCCUAAUGAAGGUAUUUUGGGGGAAAGGGCAGAUAUUCCCGUAGAAGAAAACAUACAGAAAGGUUCUGUGAACAAAUUUACAUGGCUUUUUGAAAACCGUCCUCUAGAUUCAAUGUCAGCAAGUACAAAUGGUUUUCAAGAAGUGCCCCCUGAGAAGGAUGUCCAAGGGGGAGAUGUUGUGGGGAAAAAGUUUGUUUUUGAGACAUACUCUUUGGACCAAAUCAAACAAGAAGCAGAUGAAACUGAAAUCAAGAAAGUCCAAGAAUCUUUUACCCGAGGGGAUGUUAAAUCCUGUACUAUGUUAUUUGAAACAAAACCGCUGUAUGCUAUUCAAGACAAAGGAGGAGAGUAUCAUGAAGUCACGUCAGUAAAAAAGGAAGAGGUUCUUAAAGCAGAUGUAAGAGGCGCCAAAUGGUUGUUUGAAACAAAACCUCUUGAUAAGAUCAAUAAAGAUGAAGAGGUUUUUGUAAUCAGAGCUGUAACCCAAGAAGAUAUCGACAGAGGCUCUGUCAAGGCUGCUAGGUGGAGGUUCGAAACAGAACCGCUUGAUUCUAUGGCUGAGGAAAAGAAAUAUAUUGGAAAAGAACUUGAAGAUGUACAAAAAGGAGAUGUUCAGUUAAAUAAGCAGCUAUUCGAAUCUCAGCAGCUUAACCAGAAGAAGUACGUUAGGCUUGUGAGCGUUAGCGAUGUCCAAAAGGGAAACGUAAGGACAUCAACUUGGCUGUUUGAAAACCAACCUUUUGAUUCUUUAAAAGGAGAUUCUGAUGAGCAUCCAGGGAUUGUAACAGUACAGCGUGAAGAUAACCAACGGGGAGAUGUAAAAAGGUGCACCUGGUUAUUUGAAUCUCAGCCUUUAGACAGUCUGAAAGAUACAGAAAACCCUACUGCUCAAGGUCAGGAAGAGAUUCUUAAAGCCAAUGUUAAAAGCACAACAUGGCUGUUUGAAAGCACACCUCUUGAUAAAUUUGAACGAGCAACCAGUUUGGACCAGAAAGAAUUUAAUGUGAAAGAUACUCUAGAAAAAUGCCUGUCCUACAAAAUAAUUGAACAUAAAGGGAUUGCUAUAGAAUCUGUGGGUGAGGGGAGUGUGAAAAUGGUCAAGUAUCAGCCCACAAAUACAGGGACAAUAAUCCAAAAGGAAGAGACACUUGGAGGUAACUUGCAAAGAAUCCUAUUGCAGCUACUUCACCGAACAGAUCUGGAACCAAAUUGCGUACUUGUUGAAGAAAAUAGUAUGGAAGAACUUUAUAAAACAGAUUUGCAACUAAAACAUUCAGGAGAACCAGGAGGAGAAGAAGAAAGACAUGUGCAGGACAAUGUAGCUAAGGCCCUUCAGAUCUUGUUGAAUGAAAAUGUUCUUGUUAAGACUGGCAUAAUAAUGGAAGAAACUGAAAAAGGCUAUGUUAGAAUUAUUAUAUACUCUACUUUAAAAUACAGUCAGUGUAAUACAACUGCCGAAAGUGUUGUCAAGGGGGAUGUAAAAUCAACUAUUGGAAAUCUACUUAGUCAUAAUCAAGAAAGCAAGCGUAAAGUUUCAGUGACACGUGAGCAACAUGAAAGGGGCAAUGUCCAACUGUACACUAGCUGUAUAGAGAAGGGAGAUCUUGGUUACUUAAGAAGCCUUCAGGAUGAAUCUGAAAUAGAAGCUCUUAUGAUUUCUCAAAGUGAGGAUGACAAAUCAUCAUUUCAACAUGCUGAGAAGUUUGGUGAGCAACAUGAAUCUACACAGGUAGCAGAAGGACAAAGUCAUAUUAAAGGAAAAGAAAGUAUGUACACAGCAUCUAAUUCUGCCAUUCACUGUAUGGAUCCUGGAGCUAAAGGGAUGAAAUGUUGUGCCGCUGCUAAUAGUAAGCCAUUGAAACCUACUGAAAUGGCUAGAAAUGAAUGCAACCUUGAAACAAAAGUUGCAAUGAAGGAGGAAAAGGCAGUAAAACAUAUUUCAACUUGUUCCGAAGAAGAUAAAUGUGCCAUGCAGACAACAUCUAGCACACUUCCAACUGAGUGUGCAAGCAGCAAUGAUCUCCAGGCUGCUCUCUUGGACCUUAGACAAGCUGCAGCUGAGGCCAAAACUAUCCAAAAGCAAGUGCAAUGCAAGUUUCAGAAAAGCACCAAGGAAGUUCAGUCUUGCAGUGAACAAAUCAAAGGGAAGGUGGUGCAACCUGUUCAAUCCAUGUUGAGAUGUCAGGAGGGUGCAACCACAAUGCACUCAUCUAGCACCAGUACUUCGGUUCAUGAAGCAAGAAGAUCAGAAGCAAGCUUUCAAGCAACAACCACAUCAACCAAAAAGGUCAGUGUUCAAGAGAAGGAAGAGCAGGUUCUACCGGGACAGGAAAGGAAAGUGAUCACUAGCACAGAAAGUAGCAUUAAGGAUGGUGUUGACUCUCCCAAGAAAGUGAAAAACUAUUUAAACCCUUUUCUCAAUUCUGAUUAUAUGAUGGAACCAGCCCAAGCAGACCAAGAGCAGGAUAUUGUCAGGGGUGAUGUAAAGGCAGCUAUCAAAGCUUUGCAGAAUGCAUCAUCAGAACAGAGAGACAUAGAAAAGGAGGAAGUUGUGAGAGGUAAUCUAGCAACUGCUUUACAGUCUUUGGAAAGGUCUAACGUUAAUGUUUCAAAAGGUGACUUUAAAACAGCUAUGGUUUACAGAAAUGCAGGGCUAUCCCAUAAAGUGUCUAAAGUCAACACCGAGGAUCAGCAGAUUAGGUGUCAGGCUACUGUGGAACCAGUAUCACCAUCUGAUAAUGACUUUCCUCCUCCUCCAGCUGCUGUAAUUGAACAUGAACAUUGCCAACUGAGUACAACAGAAGCCAAAAGAGAUGACACUAUGAAGAUGCAAGAGCCUGUUCCUAUAUUCAUGGAUUCUGCUGCUAAUAAGGCAAGUGAUACAAUUCUGGAUGAGAAUGCAAAUGCUUUAUCAACACCUCAACCAUCAAUGACCCAGAGGAAAAAGCCAGUCCCACCACCAAAGCCAAAGCAUUUACUCCCAGGUGCCUGCCCUCCUCCACAUAUUAAGGCAAAGUGCCAGAUGAAGUCAACUUCAUCCCAAAAUACUAUAAACAUAAAUGACUGUUCCUCUAAAAUCACAGUAAGGAAAAUGACUGAUCAACAGUGGCAACAACAAUGUGCAAGUGAGAGCUUCUGUGGUUCUGCAAACAAGAAAGUACAGGAAAAGGUACGGGAGAGUGAAGUGUUUGCUUAUAAAGCUAAUGAGCAACACAAACAAGAAAUGUGUUCGAACAACAACUGUGAAAAAUCAGAGGUAUCAAUAGGUAAAAAUGAUCACAGUCAACCCAAUGACUUCCAUACUCAAAUACAACCACUAGAGAAUUCAUUGACUGAUACACUUAGUCAAGGGGUCAAAAUUGAAACCACAUGCUGCCAAAACAGUGAGACAAAAGAUGUUAACCAGAGUAAAAAAGGUGUUACUUUAAUUGAACCCACUCCAAGUCUACAGCACAGCGAAAACCAAGUUGUCAUGAGAGUAAAACAUAAAAAGGAAACAGAGGAUGAGAAACGCAAAAGGUUAUCCAUCCACAUGGAUGAGAUACUUCGGGGGAAUGUUAGGGCAUCAAUGGACAUUCUGGAAAAUAUGAGGAAACAGGAUGAGCUACAGAGGAUAUUGAACAAAGUCAAGGAACUGGAAGAUGAAACCAGCACAGUUGAUGCCAGGUCUGUGAAGGGCUUCUUUGAGAGUGUUCCAGACUGGAUAGUGGACAAUGAAAAUGAUCCAGAUUCUACACUGAAGGAGAGAGAAGAUGAGAAAGAUGUCAUUUCAGAGUUCUUGAAAGAUGAUACAGAAAGUGUUUCCUCUAUGGAGCUUGCAUUUGAGGAUCUGGAAAAGGCAAGUACCGAAAUCAAAUAUCUGAAAGAGCAGACCUUGGCAAGACUUUUAGACAUCGAAGAAACAAUCAAGAAGGCACUUUACUCUGUUUCAAGUUUAAAGUCUGAAUCUGAUAUAGCUGGUCUCUCGGGACUGUUCCGGGAAUCACUAGGAAGUUCUCCGAGCCCGGUCCCUAGUAAUAAUAUCCGUAAAAUCAGCAUUGUUUCGAGUAAAGCAAAGCCAGAGAAGCCAGUGCGUCUCUCAGUACAGAAACCCACUGAAUCCAUCGUUAGUCAAGACGAGACAAAAAAGAAAGAACUUGAUACAAAUAAUGUUCCCAAUCGGGCCAUCUCUCCUGCUUCCCCUUCAUUUAUCACCAUUGAGUCUGCUGCCAGGAAGCCACCACAAAAUACAGGCUGUGCCUCUUCCUCUCAGAACACAAAAGCUUUAAACAAUGGACAAACGCCUGAAGAUUUGCUUAGCAAAAGGUCCUAUGUCCUUCAAGAGCCUACCAACCAGAUCAGCCAGCUCAACCCCCAGCGACAAAAGAGUAUCCUAGAGUUAAAAACAGGACCAGAGGGUCCUAAACUCGUUGGUACCACCAUAGUGACAGAAAAAUAUGAAGAAUGUGAUCAGUUCGGCAAUAAGUUAAUACGUUCAAAAACAUCAACAACCGUCACAAAGCAGUCGGACACUCAGAGUUCAUCGACGUACGAAGUUGUGUCUGCCCCACCUCGCUAUGAAGUCACUGCUUCUCCCCGGCUCAAAAGACACAUGGAAAACUCCCACGUCCGAGGCAAUGAAACAGGAGUCGUAUUUGUGACAUUCGGCAAUUCAAAAACAGCAAAUAAAUAAUUUAGUCAAAAGCCAAAACAUUACCCAGGUACCUAAUGAAUUAUUCCUCUUGGAAACAUCUGCCAUUAGCAUCUGAGAAAUGGAAGGAAAAUCAUGUUUAAUUGAUAUCAUGAUCGGGCUUGCUGCACCCUGUGUGAUUCCAUUUGUACUAUACUUGACCUUGCUGUUAAACAUAGAUAGUAAAUCCUGAACUUCACAGCUGUUACUGAAAUAGAAAUCCUCGAAAUGCCCCGGCUAUACCUGUUAUAAAAGAGAUGCCUUUGUACAAAGGGCAUGUAUCAUUUAAGGUCAACCAAACCAAGCCGGGGGGGGGGGUUUAUGGCAGGUUUAAAACUACAAUCUCCUGUUUAUAGAACCCUUGAUGCCUUGCAAUGGUUUUGAAACAAUCCCAUUUUUCAGUGAAGAUGUAAUAGAGCAGUUGUAGGUUUCUUAUCUUUGUAUCACAAGCUUCAGCUGCUUAUACUGUAAAUGGCAGGCAAUUUUCAUGUGCUCUGCUAGCAAACCAUUUGGCAGCCAUAUUUGUUAUUUGUUUAGUAGUUGCCAUAAACAAGCAGCCAAACUGCAGUGGACACAAUACUUUUUUUUCUUAUAGGUUUUUUUUUAGAUAUAAAAGGGGUUAUGUAAUAAAAGGCACUAAGUUUGCCCAGGGGGCAGAAUUUACAGGUCACCUGUUUCAAUGCAAACAUCUUAGUGUUUGCUAUGGGUUACUGCUCCUUGGCAAACUUAAUGCCUUAUAUUACAUGCAGGGGAUAGUCUAUAAAUUGUGUGUUCUUGUGCUUCCUCCACCGAACUUUUUCUUCCUACUGCAAACAUUUCACCCAUGCCAGAUGUUAGCAGUACUUGGCAAAUCGAUGACUCCUGCUGGAAUCAACCAAUUAAAGAAGGUGAAAUCUGUCAGUGACCCACAGCAUGUUUGUGUGGCUUGCAGUUAGAAAAAGCAAGUUUGACUGAGGAACUCACAUGUAAAGGGUUAAGAAUGGACUUAUUAAACAUCCAUUCAAUGAUUGUUUUGGACAGAUUAUUGUCCCCACUGAGAAAACACAGCACCGUCUUCAUUAUGUGGUCUUUGACAGAUAUAUUACCUUUUUCACUCAAAACCUUAUUAAUGCAGAUAAACCCAUAACCCACCCAUUUUUCUUGGGUCUCAUUUUAGAUCUGUAUGACCAUAUGUACGUUAAGGUCAUAAAUGGGCAGGAGUAAUCUGCCGUUUUGGGUGAUUAAACUGAAUCUGUAGUUUAUCUGCCCAUAUAUAGGUAACCCCAAUAGGCCCACAUGACUGAUAUCUGGCCAAAAAUUGCCCAGAUGUGAAUCGGGAAGGUUCGAUUCUCCUGUUGGAUCAGAGACCACAUCAGCUAGCUGACGCAGUCCUCUCUCUCCGAUAUAUAUCCCCUGUUGUAAACGAUCGGAUUAAAGCCCGAUAUUGUCCACCUUACAGGGGAAGAUCUGCUUGUUUGGCCACCUUAAGUUAGACGUGAGCAAGAGGGUGAACCACUAGUUGACAGAUCUAUAUGAUUUCAUAUAUAUAUGCUCUUCAUUUCAACAAAAUACGAUUUUUUUAAUUGUAGGGAUUAUACAGUAUCCUUAGACAUUGGGAAAGUGCUAAUAUUCCAAAUUAGAAUUUAUUUAUGAAUCUUGUUUGUUGAGCUUUCUGCAUUUGAUACAUUUCUAGAUAGUUUUUUUUCUUAUCUUUGUAUAGAAAUAUCUUUUAUGAAAAGAAAACUGUUUUUUAUCUACUGUGCACAAUUGUCUUUAGUCAUCUCUUACUUUGUACUGUAGUGUAUUAAAAAUAUACAUUUCCAUUAAACAUCCGUCUCACUCUUUGUGCUAAUGAUCUGAAAGCCAAUGUACAAAACUGAGGCCAUGGGCGUUAAUAAAUCUUGUAUCCAUCACAAUCAGUACAUACAUUCUACUUGACCUGAUAUGAAUAAUCACUCCUUGACAGAUGUGGAACUACUUCUUGAUAGUAAAGAUAUGGUUUAGUCCUUACUUCCGGCUGUGAAUAAAACUUUAUACAUA